AUGACCGAUUCCAACGAGGCUACAGAAGUGUUGAACGCAGAAGAACCGACUCCAGCUGUUCCUGGCGCUAAAGAAGGAGUUACGUACCCAUUGAAAGUUGUUUAUUGUGGCGAAUGUACGUUACCUAUGGAAUACUGCGCUUUCGGUGGUCGCAGUGCUAAAUGUAAGGAAUGGUUGGAUAAAAAUUUGUCUGAUUUGGCUUCCGAAGGCAUCACGAUCAAUGACGACGAUGGAGAUGCGAAGGACGAGAAGAAACAUCAAAAAAGAGGAGGAAAAGGCACGGCAAAGCCAGUUAAAGUAUGUUUUUCAAUGUUAUUGUUGGAUUUUAGACUUUAUUUCAAUUAGAAGUUGCUGUAUUUUAUUCUCCAAGAUGUUUUGAAAAAGUGUCUGUCCUAAAGGUCCGUAUUUUGGUUUACCUCUCGAUAUUAUCAUAGUCUUAAAAAUAUUCAUUUUCGAUAAAACCUGACUUUUAUAACUUUCAGGAGCAAAAGAAUCAACAAAUCACGUUACAAAGAGCUCCUCGAGGUAAGAACAAGUCAGUGACGGUAGUAAAAGGCCUGUCUACGUUUGGAAUUGACCUAAAACCGGCCAGCAAAUACUUUGCCGGCAAAUUCGCCUGUGGAUCCUCGGUUACUGGAGCUGAUGAGAUUGUGAUUCAAGGUGAUGUGAAGGACGAAUUGUUGGAUAUCAUUCCGGAAAAGUGGAAGGAAGUUCCUGAAGAAGCUAUCCUUGAUUUGGGAGAUCAGAAACGUUAG